AUGGCCGUACAAUUGACCAAAUUACCUGUUAUCGAGUGUCUUAAAUUAUGUCACAGGAUCGUAGAUGGAAUCUGUGGCCGAGAACCACCUCGCAGAGGGGACUACAGUACCACAUGGAACCUGGAGGAGUGGCUGGAGCUUAUCAACUCUUUAGCGGCACUCUUCCGGUUGUCGGUAGGGAACAACAGCUCUGAUGAGGAGGUGCUUGUCAGCCUGUCAGAUAUGAGCAGCAGCCACUCUGAGGCAGUGCUCAACGUGCUAAAAGCCAGACGGGAAGAGAUUCACAAUGCUCUGCUAGCAAGAACCACCUCCAUCUCCUCUGCUAUACUGCAGGACUUUGACUGGCAGCUUAAGAUGGCACUUUCAAGCGACAAGAUCUCAUCUCUUCAGACUCCCCUGUUAAAUCUUAAUCUGGAUGUUAAAGAGAAUGGAACCUUGAAGUCUAUCAUCAUGGAGAUGAAUAGAGAAGAACUUAACACACUCAUCAUUUCACUUGAGGCUGCUAAUAAGGUGCUGCUACAGUUGAAAUGA